CAGCAGACUGACGGGCGAGGGGAGGCUUAGAAACUGGAUCAGCCGCGAUCUGGAGACGGAAUAGCUGCGGAGAUCCAUCUUUAAAUAGUGGCCGUGGCUGUUUGGUGGUGGGCGUCUGGAGAGACGAACAUGGGCGCAUUUUGAGGAGGGAUCCAGCGAUCCGAUCUGUGUCUGCUGUCACCUAUAACUAGGAGGAUAAAGCGGCGUUGGAUGAAAGUGGCUGCCGCAAAACGUUACAUCAGACUCCCUUCAGUUACUAUUGUUACCAUCGCCGUGUAACCAGUCAGCGGUUCGGCUACAGACAGGCAUCGCGGGUGCACCGGUGCCGACAGUGAUCCAGAGGCUGGGACUGCACAGGGCAUAAUUACAGGCGGGGUGCGACCCAAACGCUGGACCCCCGGACCGAGGGGAGCCGGGAGACUAGCGGAAGGUGGGGCCGUGCGGAGCCCGAGAAGCGGCCCGAUCGCGGGUUCAUCGCCGGGGCAGUUUUUUUGAGGAAUCAAACGGGAGACAUUUCUAUUUAAUUUUAUUUUUUACCCGCCCAUUGGAUUUUGCAAAGCUCUCACAAGGACUGCUUCGUUACCCCCCUCUCCCCCGUUCCCCAAGAGUGGCUCUUUGUUUAAUUGAGAAAAUAGCGUUUGGACGGGUUUUCGGGGGGAUAAUCUCCCCAUCCUUGCUGACCAUGGCCGACGACGACGUGCUGUUUGAAGAUGUGUACGAGCUGUGCGAGGUGAUCGGGAAGGGCCCCUUCAGCGUGGUGCGAAGAUGCAUCAACAGGGAAACAGGCCAGCAGUUUGCCGUCAAGAUCGUCGAUGUGGCCAAGUUCACCUCCAGCCCCGGGCUGAGCACAGAGGAUCUGAAGAGGGAGGCCAGCAUCUGUCACAUGCUGAAGCACCCCCAUAUCGUGGAGCUGUUGGAGACCUACAGCUCCGAUGGAAUGCUCUAUAUGGUCUUCGAGUUCAUGGACGGGGCGGACCUGUGUUUUGAGAUCGUGAAGCGAGCGGAUGCCGGCUUCGUCUACAGUGAAGCUGUAGCUAGUCACUACAUGCGGCAGAUCCUGGAGGCUCUGCGCUAUUGCCAUGACAACAACGUCAUCCACCGCGAUGUGAAGCCCCACUGUGUUCUCCUGGCAUCCAAGGAGAACUCUGCUCCAGUGAAGCUGGGGGGCUUUGGUGUGGCCAUUCAACUGGGAGAGUCUGGCCUCGUGGCAGGAGGCCGCGUGGGGACGCCCCACUUCAUGGCUCCCGAGGUGGUAAAAAGGGAGCCCUACGGCAAGCCGGUGGACGUGUGGGGCUGUGGCGUCAUUCUCUUCAUCCUCCUCAGCGGCUGCCUGCCCUUCUACGGCACCAAGGACAGGCUGUUUGAGGCCAUCAUCAAGGGCAAAUACAAGAUGAACCCGCGGCAGUGGGGUCACAUCUCAGAGAGCGCCAAGGACCUGGUGCGCCGCAUGCUGAUGCUGGACCCAGCCGAACGCAUCACGGUGUACGAGGCCCUGAACCAUCCCUGGCUGAAGGAGCGAGAUCGCUAUGCGUACAAGAUCCACCUCCCCGAGACGGUGGAGCAGCUGAGGAAGUUCAACGCCAGGAGGAAGCUGAAGGGGGCAGUGCUCGCCGCCGUCUCCAGCCACAAGUUUAACUCCUUCUAUGGAGAUCCGCCGGAGGAGCUACACGACUUCUCUGAAGACCCCACAUCCUCAGGACUGCUAGCCGCAGAAAGGGCUGUGUCUCAGGUGCUGGACAGCCUGGAGGAGAUUCAUGCCCUGACCGACUGCAGCGAGAAGGACCUGGACUUCCUGCACAGCGUCUUCCAGGACGAGCAUCUCCACACCCUGCUGGAUCUGUAUGACAAGAUCAACACCAAGUCCUCCCCACAAAUCAGAAAUCCCCCGAGUGAUGCUGUCCAGAGAGCCAAAGAGGUACUAGAAGAGAUUUCCUGCUACCCCGAGAACAGCGACGUUAAAGAGCUAAGGCGGAUUCUCACUCAGCCGCAUUUUAUGGCCUUACUGCAGACCCAUGACGUGGUGGCCCAUGAGGUGUACAGUGACGAGGCCCUGAGGGUCACACCCCCCCCCACCUCGCCCUACCUGAACGGCGACUCGCCGGAGAGCGCCAACGGUGACAUGGACCUGGAGAACGUGACGCGGGUUCGCCUGGUGCAGUUCCAGAAGAACACGGACGAGCCCAUGGGCAUCACUCUGAAGAUGAACGACCUAAACCACUGCAUUGUAGCACGAAUCAUGCAUGGGGGCAUGAUCCACAGGCAAGGAACGCUUCACGUUGGCGACGAGAUCCGGGAAAUCAAUGGCAUCAGCGUGGCGAACCAGACCGUGGAGCAGCUGCAGAAGAUGCUUAGGGAGAUGAGGGGCAGCAUCACCUUCAAGAUCGUGCCGAGCUGCCGCACGCAGUCUUCAUCCUGCGAGAAAGAGUCCCCCUCUACCUCCAGACAGUCCCCUGCCAAUGGCCACAGCAGCAUUAGCAGUUCCAUCUUGGAUUUACCAGCAACAAUCCAGCCCAAAGGACGACAGAUCUAUGUGAGGGCGCAGUUUGAGUAUGACCCCACCAAGGAUGACCUGAUCCCCUGCAAGGAAGCGGGCAUCUCCUUCAGGGUGGGCGAUAUCAUCCAGAUCAUCAGCAAGGACGACCACAACUGGUGGCAGGGCAAGCUGGAAAGCACCAAGAAUGGGACGGCUGGCCUCAUCCCCUCCCCAGAGCUGCAGGAGUGGCGCGUGGCCUGCAUCGCCAUGGAGAAGACGAAGCAGGAGCAGCAGGCCACCUGCACCUGGUUUGGCAAGAAGAAGAAACAGUACAAGGACAAGUACCUGGCCAAGCACAACGCAGUGUUCGAUCAACUAGACCUGGUCACGUACGAGGAAGUGGUGAAGCUGCCUGCUUUCAAGAGGAAAACUCUCGUCCUCCUGGGGGCCCACGGUGUCGGACGUCGGCACAUCAAGAACACGCUGAUCGCCAAGCAUCCGCACAGAUUUGCCUACCCCAUCCCACACACAACCAGACCUCCGAAGAAGGACGAGGAAAACGGUAAGAACUACUACUUCGUAUCCCACGACCAGAUGAUGCAGGACAUCUCGAACAACGAUUACCUGGAAUAUGGCAGUCAUGAGGACGCCAUGUACGGCACCCGGCUGGAGACCAUACGCAAGAUCCACGAGCAGGGGCUCAUAUCCAUCCUCGACGUGGAGCCACAGGCCCUGAAGGUCCUACGGACGGCUGAAUUUGCCCCCUACGUCGUCUUCAUUGCUGCCCCGACCGUAACGCCCGGCAUCAGCGAGGACGAGUCCCUCCAGAGGCUGCAGAAGGAGUCUGAGAUUCUGCAGAAGACGUAUGCCCACUACUUCGACCAGACCGUCAUCAACAACGAGAUUGACGAGACCAUCAGAUACCUAGAGGAAGCCAUCGACCUGGUGUGCACGGCACCCCAGUGGGUGCCUGUUUCCUGGGUGUACUAGGUCACACCCCCAGUCCCACCCCCCUUCUUUACAAUGCACCUGUUCAACUUCAACUUACCAUGGAAGAAACUGUCUUCCCUGGAAGACCUCAGUGUACAUGAACUACAGUCAGUCUUGGUCCUUAAAGACUACCUAGACGUAGUGUUGUAUAAAAUUUAUAUAUUGUCAUGUCCUUAUAGCUAGGAGGCGACCGUUUUUGUUAUUUUUAAAGAGACAGUAUCUGAAACCAGUCGUUAGCACAGAGACGCCCCAGGUGUCAGUCUUGGCUUUGCAUCGCAGCCUUCAUAACAUGUGACCCAUGCUUCAGUUUGAAACGUAGCGCCCCCUACAGACCGAUGAAAAGCACAUGAUCUUCGUGGCACCCCUCUCUUCCUUAAUGGCUUCCUUCACUGAAAUCCACUAUUUUGUUUGUUUCUAAUUGUAUUUUUUUACCCACUACAGCACAUUUACCCUGUCCCUCGCAGAUGGCUGCCACUCUCGAUUUUCCCAGGUUCCGUUUACAUUUCAUAGCUGACGCUGUCAGCCGGAAUAGAUACUGUCUCUCUAAAGGAAAACCGUAAAUGUUUAAGAGAUUUGAAUGACGUCUUAUGCAUGUGGAUUCCUGCAGGCUUACAUGCAGUCAGUGUUAUCAGUGUCAAACUCCUGUUAUCUACGGCAGAGAACAUUCCAUCGGUUGGGAAAACCAAGACCGGGGAGGAAAUCGUAAUGCCUAUGCACAUCCCUUGCAUUCUGGGUAACUUUCUGAACAACCGGUUUUUAAUCGACCUUGUAGUGAGAUGUGUCUGUAAAUUGUCUAGAGUUAAUUUGUCAUGAGAACAAUUUGGGGGAGGUGGGGCGGGACGGGGGGAGACGGGGAAAAAACUAUUACAGACCCGUCGUUUCCGAAAUGUGUCGUUGAGAGUAUUAAUGUUUUCAGUUCCAUCGAAAGAAUACCGAUUUUUAUCCUAUGUGUAAUUGUUUCAAAAGAGGUGCACACAUUUUGCAAGUGAGAUACUUUGCAAAAGAAGGAGCAGUUUGUACACUCAAAAGAAAACAAAAAAGCACAAACUGUUUACUUCAGACUGCCUGGUGUAAAUUCCUCUGCAACUGACAGAGCAAUUCUUCAGUAUGAACAGUUUUUUAAAUAUAUUUCCUUUUAUGUGUUCAAAAAUGACGAGGCCUUUGCAUCUUCUGUCUCAUAAGCACACCGUUUGUGCCCAGGUUGCUAGCAGGAUUAACUUCGGUUUCUUGGAACUUUUGGUUUCAUGCCUGUCCACUGUCUGUCCAUACAGGCCAGGAUUUCAGGAUCCAAGCAGAGAAAUUCAAACAUGAACAGGCGACCCCUGAAAAUAAGAGCUGAGUGCUGGUGUGUACCUCAUUAAGUUCAGGUUCUACACAGAUCUAGAAGGUUAUGUGUCCCUGCAUCCUGACAGUCAGAGUACUUGUAUCACCACAGAAGGCCCUGAGCCGAGGCCCUUAAUCUCAGCUGCUGCGGGCAGGCUGGCUGAACCUGCUCUCUCACCCCACAAACAUAUCUGUAAAUAUAGAAGCAACAAGAUCCGCAGCAAACAAAUAUGCUUUUGUAAUUAGUAGGUAAGGUGAGAUUCACUGAUUUUCAUCGGUGCACCGGUAUAAAAGUUCACGAUGCGACUGCCCUGUUUAAAAAUUGUGUGAACCAGGCACAAUCUUUGUAUUGGUAAAAUCCAAUUAACGAAUGCAGAAUAAUGAGGUAAAUCAUUUUGCUUUAUUAAUUUCGUAUUAUUUAUUUAGCUCACAACAGGCGUUAAUGUUUUCGGGGGUCAUUAUGCUUCCAGACCACAGGAGGUCGCGACUCUUACCAGGAACCCACUUUGUCAGCUGUUGGGCAAAAAAGCAAACUUUCUUUGUGUCUUCGGGAAGGUGAGACAUGGGUCCUGGCUCGUGUGACUUUUAAGGGGAUGAAACUGAGCCAUGCGUAUGUUUACAUGUUGAAGCUUGUUUGGUAAUGAUUUUGAUUAAAUGUAAUAUGUUUGGUGACUUUGAAAAUGA